AAUGUUAAGAUGUUUUCGUUUUGGUAUUCCCUCCCUCCUCUCGUUCUAAAUCGUUUCCUAAGCUAAGCUGAUACACGAAUCGACAGAAACCCUAAAACCGCAGAUGUCGACGUGGCAGCUAUUACCCGAUUCAAGCGGCGACGGUUUCCGGUGGGAAGCCGCUGGCCGGAUUCUUCCGCCUGGCAAAUCCGAGAAUUCUCCGCCAUCAACAGCUCCUCCUCUACCUUCCAUGGCCGAUCUCUUGCUCCGAGGAUGCUCGAAACUUAUAGAACCAGAGGUAUCGAAGCCGACACUGUUCACGACUGCUCUGGGCAAAUCUGUAGCUCUUAAAGAAUCUUCGAUUUCCAAAGCCAAAUCGAUUUUAGCAGAUUCAGAGGAUAAUGCUCUCUCCAGGGAGACUGAGUUUGGUGUUCCCAACUCUUUUUUCCAGACUGCUUCUAACAAGAAGGUUAAUGUGUCUUCUGCUGGUAUGGCAAGAGCCAAGGCAUUGUUAGGACUAGAAGAAGAAGAUGAUUAUAGUGGAUUCAAACACGUGAACCGUUUAAGAACUCCUGAGACGUUUGGUGCUACAUCGGUUCAGCAUCGUUCUGUAGCUCCAGGAGGACAUUAUGAGGAGGGUCAAAGAUCUGAAAUUUUGAGUUCAUCUCCAAAGGUUCCUCAAACAAAGUUUCAAACUGCUGGUGGGAGGUCAUUGUCAGUGUCAGUCGAAGCCUUGAAUCGUGCAAGAAGCCUUCUUGGAGACCCUGAGUUAGGGCCUUUCUUUGACGAUUCAGCAACAGGUGAUCACUUUGUUACACCACAGAAAGAUAGAUGGAUAGGUGGUGAUAUUCCUCAUGAAGCAAAGGCGAGCAACAAGCAUACAUCUAAUAGUUUUAUAUCUCCUCUCCAAUCAUCUUCAAAGCAAUUUAGAUCAGUCAAACUGGAGGACGUAGCUUCAGGGGUUAAUUUGAUCAAGAAAUUUGAUGCGGCUGUUGAUGAGGCACAUGGGAUAUCAAAUAACAGGCCUUUAGCAUCUGAUAUGGCAGUUAAUAAUAAAACGGGAAACGGUUUCAUUUCAAGAGCUACGGAAUUCGGAAGACAAGCUCACCAGCCACUUGUGGAUAUCACAAAUCGCAGUGAUAUAGCUUAUGCAAACAAUAGACAAGAAAGCAGCCAAAAGAAAAGACUGGGAAAGACAGUCUCUGUUCCUCCUUUUAAAAGGCCGAGAACCUCCUCCUUUAAAACCCCUCUAAUGAAAAAUGACCAGCAUGCUUCAAUUGGUUUGUCUGUCGUAUCUUGUGAUACACAAUAUUCCAAAAAGGUGCUUUCCACAAGACCUGAAGAAAGGUCUCUAAGAAUAUAUAUCAAGGAUUAUUUUGGAAUGCCUCCAACAGCUACGACCAAGAUGGAUGUGCCAGAACAUGUCAGAAGAAUCAAAUCAAGUAAUGCAGAUAAAUAUGUGUUUGGUGAUGUGUCUUCCUCAAGCGUGGUGGGAGCUGAAACUUUUCGUCAAAUGUUGGCAGAGUCUGGUGCUUCCUUACAACGUGCAUCUAGAGAGUGGGUCACCAAUCACUACAGGUGGAUAGUCUGGAAACUCGCAUGCUACGAGACAUACUACCCAGCCAAAUGCAGAGGAAACUUUCUGACGAUCACCAAUGUUCUCCAGGAACUAAGAUAUAGAUAUGAGAGAGAGGUCAAUCAUGGUCACUGCUCUGCAAUAAAGAGGAUUCUGAGUGGUGAUGCUCCAGCUUCUUCAAUGAUGGUGCUCUGCAUAUCUGCUAUUAAUCCAAAGACUCGAGAAACACAUGGUUCUGAUAGUGGCAGCAAUGUGAAAAUAGAACUCACUGAUGGAUGGUAUUCGAUAAAUGCUGCUCUGGAUGUCAUGCUGAAAAAACAGUUGAAUGCUGGAAAAUUGUUUAUUGGGCAAAAGCUUCGGAUACAUGGGGCAGGACUUUCUGGCUGGACUACCCCAACAUCACCUCUUGAGGCAGUGAUUUCGAAUACAAUCUGUUUGUUGUUGAAUAUUAAUGGGACAUACAGAGCUCACUGGGCGGACCGACUAGGAUUCUGUAAAGAAGCUGGUGUCCCUCUGGCUCUCAACUGUAUCAAGUGCAAUGGGGGCCCUGUGCCUAAAACGUUAGCUGGAAUUACACGAAUA